AUGGCAGACAAGAGCGCAUUUGUACCAGUUGAAGCAACAGGUGGAUUAGGGACAAGACCAGCAGAACUUGACAUAGACAUUGAUGACGAUUACUUCGGUGGUGGCAAGAAACAAGAACAAGCACCACCCCCACCUCCACCACCUCCUCCGCCGCCACCUCCGCCACCACCACCUCCUCCCCCCUCUUCACAAAAGAAGUCAAGCUCUUCUAAUAAGAAAAAAAUCGUUUACAAAAAGCCGAAAACAUAUCAGAAAACGAUUGCUUUUAAACGACCAUAG